AUGUCAAUCCCAAUCCUAGAGACGUGCAGGAAGAGAAAGAGAAGGCCAAAGCUAUUUGGGUUGCAUUCAUUUGGAGAACCUGGUUGCCCCAUAAACCCCACCGGUCCCUUCCGAGAUAACAUUCGUUGUUUCCUUCAACAAUGUGCCGAGCCUGAAGAUUACUGCGUAAAAGGGAUGCCCAUUUGGUGCACCCUUCUCGUUCGUGACAAAACCAGCGUCGUUCCUCUUUACACCAUUGAAGAGAGUGUUAACCACUCUCUAAACCCUUUUUGUGAUCACUGCAGAUGUACAGGUUGGAGCAACCAUUUAGUUUCCAAAAGGAAGUAUCAUGUGGUAAUACCAAAUGACCGAGACUGGAACAAGCCUUUAGAGGAUAAUGUAUUAAACAUCCACUCCCAUCUCUUACAUGGGUUGAUUCACUGUAAUGGAUUUGGCCAUCUCCUUUGCAUCAAUGGAGUCGAAGGUGGUUCUAAGUAUCUCUAUGGCAGAGAAAUCAUGGAUUUGUGGGAUCGUAUUUGCGAAAUUCUUAGAGCACGGAAAAUCUCAGUGGAGGAUGCAUCAAAGAAGCACGGUAUGGAUCUACGUUUGCUUCAUGGAGUUGCAUAUGGACAUACAUGGUUUGGUAGAUGGGGUUACAAGUUCGGCCGUGGAAGCUAUGGUGUUUUAGAGGAAAAUUAUGAUAAAGCAAUCGAAAUUCUCAGCUCCCAGAAACUUGACAAAAUCAUUCAAGAUUUCAGUGAUAGGGAGCAGAGCAGACAAAUCAAGUGUACGGUUCAGCAUUAUAGAGAUCUAAGUGAGAGCCAGUUGGUUACAAUUCGGGAUCUUUUCAAAUUUAUGCUCACUGUCAAAUCUCAUAGCGCACUGCAGAAGAAAUUGGUAGCAGCUACUACUGCUCCUUCAGCUUCUGUACAGAAAAAAUCCAUCAGAAUAUCAUUCCAUAAGAAGGACAAUUCGAAGGAAAAGUAUAUGAGAUGUAAGAGAUUUACCAAUGUCAUAGCUCAUAUGGAUAGCAGAUGGCCAGCAAAAAGGCUAGAAUUUGCAGCAGAGGUGAUUGUAGAUGCUUUGAAGGAACAUAAAUCUGAAGUCGGUCAUGGUGGGAUGACUAGGCAAGAUUUAAGAGAUGCAGCUCGUAUACAUAUUGGUGAUACAGGUCUGCUGGAUUAUGUUUUGAAAUCAAUGAACAAUGUCAUUGUUGGAUGUCACAUUGUGCGCCGUGGAAUUAAUUCAGCUCGGGUUUUAGAAUAUACAAUUCACGACAUAGACAAUCCGGUUAAGGUGUCAGAAGCAAAGGAGGAGAUAUAUCAGAAACCUCUACCAGAUGUUUUGCCUGCUCCUGUCCCUGGAACUGAUGUUUAUAAUGAUGUGGUGUAUUUGUAUAAUAACACACUACUGAACUAUCCAGAAUCAGACUUGCUGGAACUUGCCACUCAGGCAGUUCUAGAUAGCAAACACUUUGUGAAGGACCAGCCAUUUAGAGAUGAAGAUGACCAGUUGUUGAGAUUCUUUUGCCGAGUCAAACCCAGAUUGUUUGAAGUGGAGAACAUGUCUACCGAGACCUCACGUACUGGUGAACUUGUCAUUGUUCAGUUACAUGCUACAGUUCAUGACCUAAAGCAAGCUGCUGAAAAAGCAUUAAGGGAUACAUAUUGCAUUAUGGAUAAGUUUGUGGUGACAGAGAUUGACAACCUGGGCGAAAUGGAGGAUAGAGACGUGCUGUUUGGAGCACUUGAAUCAGGGGAAGAAAUUCUGGUUGGAGGGAGUGGAAUAGAUUUGGACAGUAAUCUGAGGCAUGAAGGUGGUUCCGGUAAUUGGAUAGUCAGAUGUGAGUGUGGGGCUCGGGAUGAUGAUGGGGAGAGGAUGGUAGCAUGUGAUAUUUGUGAGGUGUGGCAGCACACACGCUGUUGUGGCAUAGAGGAUUCCGAGGCUGUGCCACCAUUGUUUGUCUGCCCAGGGUGCUGCAUUCCUUUUGGACCACCAAUGACUGACUCUCCCCUAGCAUUUCAGAAUUCUGAUGAUCUGCUAUUGGAUUCGGCCACCGUUUAUGGAAUGGACUUCGAGUAUGAAAACUGCACGAGGAUAAAUUUUCUGAACCAAGAGGAGUCCAUGAUCUUUGAUACAGCGAUUCGUGAACUUGGAUUGGGAUCUAAAAGCUUAGUGAUUAACCUGCGAGCUUCAAGGGAAAAUCAUGGGGGGCACUUGAAAUCUCUUAAAGCAGAAUCUCCAGCUUUAAAUCACGGUGGUAAACCCAGCAACUAUGACAGAAAUCAGUUGUUGGAAAUAAACUCUGGUAGUUUCUUUGAUAUGGAAAUGUGA